AUGGACAACGAACUUCCUGUGCUCAUUGUUGGGGCAGGCAUAUCUGGGUUACUGAUUGCGCAGCAACUGCGUCAGUUGAGCAUACCAUUCCGGAUCUUCGAGCGGGACGACGAUUUCUCCACACGCGGACCGGGCUGGGGGCUAACUCUGCAUUGGUCUCUACCUGCUCUUCGCGAGCUACUUCCUGAGGAUCUCCUAGCCCGCCUUCCUGACACCUAUGUCGACCGUGCUGCCGUCGAGCGCGGCGAAUGCUCAACCUUUCCAUUCUUUGACCUGACCACUGGUGAAAAGAAGGGAGCAAGUCCACGAGCUGGGGAGAAUGAGAGGAUCAGAGUGACCAGAGAAGCACUCAGACGGUUAUUGGCCACCGGUAUCGACAUCGAGUGGGGUAAGAAGUUCAAUGGGCUAUCGGAUCACAUCAGUGCUGUUGGCGCCCGCUUCGAGGACGGUACAGAGUAUCAAGGCCGCAUGCUAUUUGGUUGCGAUGGCAGCCAUUCGUGGGUUAGACGUGAAUCUGCUCCUGGGAGCCAUGACAAUCAUCAAAUACCGGUCAUCAUGUUUGGGUUCACAAUGCAGCUGACUGCAGCACAAGCUGAGCCUAUUCGUGAACUGGAUCCAUUCUUCUUACAGGGAACUGCGUCUGCGAACGAUGUGUUCAUGUACAUCAGUUUGUUGAAAGCACCUCAAUCCUCGGAGGACCUUGACGAAUGCUUCGUUUAUCAAAUUUGCAUCUCCGGUUCAAUCAACAAGGAGCCAUUUGCCGCCGUAUCCACCGGGGUCGCUGGAGUCUACAACAGUGAACGCGUUGCCAUCAUCAAAAGUUUCGCGGAGGGCUUGGCCGAGCCGUUUCACUCUUUUCUAUCUCUCAUCUCCGAUGAUACCGAGGUGAAAAGACUAGAUCUUGACGACUACACGCCUGACAAGGAACUGGUUACAGCGGGCACACACACACUUGUAGGAGAUGCGGCUCAUGCAAUGGCAAUGUAUCGAGGGGAGGGUGCAAACCAUGCUAUCGUCGACGUACUAGAUCUAAGGACAACGGUUCUGUCUAAGCUCAGUCCCACUGCCCCGAGCCUGCGUUCUUCUCUGCAGGAGUAUCAACAGAGCGUAGCCAAAAGAACGCUGCCGGCAGUGUUGGCCUCUCGACAAGCAUGCCUCGAUGCACACGACUGGGCGAGUCUGACGCCGAAAAGCCCACUGCUCACUAGAAGACAAAUGAUGCUUGACUUCCAUGAUUGA